AUGAGUCCCUCCACCUCCGCCUUAAUCCUCGUCUCCGCCGUGCUUCUCCUUUCGUCGGCCACCACCUCCGCCUUCAAUGUCACCCUAAUCCUAGAGAAGUACCCUGAUUACACUGAGUUCAACAACCUUCUCUCCAAGACUGGUGUAGCCGAUGAGAUCAACCGUCGCAAUACCAUCACCAUUCUCGCCCUAAGCAACGGCCGCUUCGGCGACAUCUCCAGUAAAAAGGAGGAUGUCCAGAAGAGAAUCAUCAGCACCCACGUCGUCCUUGAUUACUAUGAUGUCGCGAAACUCAAACAAUAUAAUACCAGUAAGGGUCCCCUCACCACGCUCUGCCAGACGUACGGGCAGGCCAAGCAACAACAGGGCUUCCUCAAUGUUGUCGUCAAGGACAGCGAGGUUUUUCUCAGCUCCGCCGUGAAGGGCGCCUCAAUGGAUUCCAAAGUUGAGAGUUCCGUUGCUUCGCAGCCUUAUAACAUCUCGAUUCUCAGCAUUUCUAGCCCAAUUAUUGCUCCCGGAAUCGACGGGGCCUUGAGCCCAGCGUCGGCUAAGCAGCCGAAUGCCGCCGCCCCAGCAGGUAGUGAGGGGCCUGCAGUGGCGGAAGGGCCAAAGCAAGAAGAGGCUGCUGCUGGUCCAGAGGGUGAAGGUACAUCGGCGGCAGAUGGUAGCUCAGAGCUAUCUCCAAAUGCAAACAGCGCCGCCGUGAAGCAGGCGAUGUCUGGAUUUGGGUUGAUAGCAGCGGUGGCAUCAUUGGUUGCAGGUUUCUAG